UUGCCGUGCGGUACUUACCGGCUUCGAGUGAAUACUCCGGGCUUUUCAUUGUAUUCUGAAGAGGCCAAGCGUUCGUUACACGGAUCGAGUCAUUCACGAUUUAAUAUCCUCUGACGUCAGUUGUCUCUUGUACUUUGCGCCUUGCUAUACGCCGUCUUCCAGUUCUUAUUUAAACAUCAUGGCUGCGCCACCCGGCAAAUCUACUGCGCAGGUGGUCAAGCCUGUCACUUCGUCGACUCCGACCAGUAACGUGUCCGCCAGGCUAGAGAAAACCCACCCUGGCGUUCGCCGAUCCACCCCUGAUUCCGAGGCUUUGGCGUCCUCUGAUGACGAUGGAGACCAUUCACAGCAGGUCGCCACAUCUACGAGCAUGCCAGCACCCAAACCUGCUCGCCGUACGUCAUGGCUAAAUGAAAUUCCAGCUACCGCGACCAGAAAGGCAUCAUUGACCACUAGUGGUCCUUUGUCCACUGGAGCCUCUAACCCAAGCAGUCCUGCUACCGACCAAUCCGGAUGGCCGAACACAAGUCCUGGUAUCGGUAGCUCUAUGCCCUGGAACCAUGUAGGGAACCCUUCCUUUCCCUGGGGCACUGGUAUCUGGAAUACCGAGUCUCGGAAGGAGCCUCCACCGCGACUUGCGGAAAUCGUCCCAUCUCCGACCAUGUCCAACCCCUCUACUGCGAGCAAUUAUUUCACGGAGGAAAUACUGAGCCCUACCACUCGUACGACCGCUGGCGAAUCGGCUAUCCCAUUCUCAAUUCCUCUGCAUCCGACUCCUAAAACCUAUCGGUCGCAGUCAUACUCGGUAGGUCAGUUGGAUCCUGAGUUCCUGAGCUUUAUGGCGAACAAGUCCUCAACGCCUUACUCUGGCGGUCGUCCUCGUAACGGCAGCCAAUUUUCCGCCUUACAGCAUCGUUCAUCGCGGCCUAGUCUUCUGGGGGAGCUGGGUCACGACCCCGCUACGCUCGGACGUGUGCGCGAGGAUGACGACGAUGACGCUGGCAGCCCAGAUGGUUCGGAUGGUAGCUUUAGCAACUAUGCAGCCAACCAAGCCCGGACCAUCGAACAGCUGUCAAGGGAAAAUGCCCUUUUACGCCAAGCAGCAGGACAGAUGGACAACCCAAUGAGAGAUCGUACCAUGUCGUCUGCCUCCGCAGCUAGCGGAUAUGCCAUCGGAAGUGGCAUCCAUAAUUUGCACCGUAUUCGCGGCAGUGUUCCCGAGGAGACCGACCUGGCGGUAGAAGAUCUUGACGAGGUUGGCGAUAUCCCUGGUUACAAUAACAUUCAUAGUAGCGGUCGGAGAAGACUCUCCGAGCAUUCAGCAAACCUCGAGAAGCAGCUCCCCCCUUACACGUCGUUCCAAAACCGUACUCUGGAAAACGUCCGCAAGGCUCAUUGGCAAACUUCUCUUGACUUUGGUAGCAUUGCAGAUAUUCCUCAGAGUCGGCGCCAUUCCUUUGCGGACAUUCCUAUGCGACACGCUUCUGUCUCAGGGGAGACCCAGGCAGCCCCCAGUACUAGGGCUGGAUUGGGUGAUAGAGAAGAGGACUAUGCGAGCAUUGUUGACGGCCCUCUUUCGAAUGUUCAAGGCCAGAAUCGUGAGUAUCCUCGUUUUCAUGUGGCCCCUCGUCCCGAGGAACAUGAAAUGGAGACGGAGUAUUUACGAGCUCGUCGAUUUGCAGAAGCCUAUUUUGCUCGCGAUCCAGUUCUCCGCGCAGCCGACGGCCCCGCUUCGAUGGCCACGUCCCUCCACCAGGCAUACACGAUGCCAAACGCCUACGGCCGCCACCAGCCUGGCCUCGCCCAUUCGCACCAAAACCAGCUCCUGUAUAUCGUUACAUUCAAAUGCCAUCGGGCGGAUGUCUUCUAUAUCCAGGAAGAUACUGGUCUCCAGGUGAAACCCGGUGACCUCGUCAUCGUCGAAGCAGACCGCGGUACGGAUCUUGGCACUAUACAGCACGCUAACGUGUCUAUGCAAAGAGCCCGGGAGCUGAAACAGCAGUAUGCCGAGGAACACUACAAGUGCUUGAUGAUGUUCUCUAGACAGGGCCAGAAUGGGGCCGCGAAUGUGGUCAAUGCUUCUAGUGGUGUACCCGGCUUGAAUAACAGAAGCGCCAUUGGUGGCAUGGGUCCACAUGGUCCGCAUGGGAUUCAGGACUCUGCUGCCGACAUCAAGCCUAAACUAAUCAAGAGGCUUGCCCAGAAUCACGAAAUCUUAACUCUACGUGAAAAGGAAGGAAAUGAAGCGAAGGCAAAGCGGGUCUGCCAGCAGAAGGUUACCGAGCAUCGGCUGAAUAUGGAAAUUCUUGAUGCCGAAUUCCAAAUGGACUGGAAGAAGCUCACCUUCUAUUACUUUGCGGACUCCUACAUCAAUUUCAAUUCGCUUGUUACCGAUCUUUUCAAAAUCUAUAAGACCCGCAUCUGGAUGUCGGCUAUCAAUCCAGCGUCAUUUGUGACGCCCCCCAGUGCUGACUUGUCGGCUCCAAACCCUCUAGCUUACAAUCACGAUGCGCAAGCGGAUCGCCCCCUUGACGGCCGAAUCUACGGUCAUCCUCGUGACGCCAUGGGCACAGGACGAGACAUCGGCGCCAACCAGAUGGGGAUGUUGCGCAAUGCUUAUGCCGACUCCUAUCAGCCGUUCAGCCAACCCUCUCGCCAAACAGAGCUAGGUGGACUCGCUUCUGUGGAUCCCUUUUCACCCUACUCGGCGAACAACUAUGGCUCUUUGGAAUCGGGAUACGUUGAUUACGGCGCAGGUACGAGCGCAAGCUCCGGACCAUCCCGCCUACAUGCUGCCCCCAGCGAAUGGAUAAACAACCGUUUCCAGGGGUUGUCCCUGAAUUCCUGAGGAAUACCAUGCGAUUUCUCUGUACAAAUUGAUUCAAUACCGCUGUACAUCGAGAGCAGCUUUUCUUUCUAUCGUCUUCUUCCGCCACCUAUGCAAAACUUAUCCUCCUGUCUCCCAAACCCUAAAGAGGGACCACCCGCUCCGCUUUCAUGUAUUCAGAUUUCACUUUACUUGUCGUUUUUCUCGCUGACUUCGCUCUUUUACACCAUCACUACAUCUCUC